CGUAGUCGCAAAACGCCCCUCAGUCUCGGCAAGUGACACGGUUGAAGAGGUGUGCAGUUUCAGCAAGAAUAUACAAUCAAAUAUAAAGCUGCAAAAUAGGUUUCCCAAAAUGGAAUCAACGGAAUCUUAUUUAUCAAUCGAUGAUUGUACCGCGAUAGUCAGAGCCGAUCCAAAAAUAAGUGAGCAACAAGUGGAAGUGAACAAAUUCGAAACGAUACCUAUCUCUGGCCAACCGGGAUACCUCGGACAGUACAGCUAUUUACGCGUGCAUUAUGAAGCUGCGCAUGGAACGGCCCAAACGUCUAGCAGAUACUUUAUGAAAUCGCUUCCGUAUCAUGAUUUGGUGCUAACAAAAGCCGUACAAGAGUGGGGCAUUUUUCGCAAGGAAGCCGAAAUAUAUUCUCAACUUUUCAACCGAUACGAACGGAGCCCUUCCAAAGUGAUCAAGUGGGCUCCCGACUGUUUACUUGCUCGCAGUAAUUUGCUCGUGAUGGAAGAUCUAACGAGUGCAGGAUAUCGAACGAUUGACUUACGGACCACCCUCGACGAACGACACAUGAAACUAGUGUUUGAUCGAUUGGCGCAAAUGCACGCAUGUUCUUUGCAUUUUGAAACCACCCAACUUGGGGGCCAUUCCAUCGGAUCUUUGUACAAUCAAAGUGUUUUGUUUGAAACCACGUUCACUCCAACGAGCGGCUGGUUCGUAGCUGGAUUGAAGGGAAUUCAAACAGUGGCUUUAGAGAGAAACCGUUUUGCAAAAGAUCCUGCUAGAAAGACGAUUCUUCAGCAACAAUUGUGGAGCAACUUGGAGCGAAUCUAUAUUCUGGCCGAGACCACAGAUCAAUUUCGUUCGGUCGUUGUGCACCGUGACCUGUGGGUUAACAACAUCAUGUUCCAAUACGACCAAGCGCGGGAACCGUGCAACGAUCCUACCGAUUGUAAAAUAAUUGAUUUUCAAUUGGCGCGCUAUUUGCCACCAGCAGUUGAUUUCCUGAGCGCUUUAUAUCUCCUAACGGACGGCGAACAUCGCGCACAGUUUGCGGAGCAAUAUGCUGAGUAUUACUAUACUUCCCUUCAGCGAAAACUAACGGCGCUAGGCCUGAAGAAUGGCUCUGCUAUCCUCCCGAGGGAACAGUUCCGAGCAACACUAUCGCACUAUCGUCUACUCGGCCUCGUUUGGGCGGGUGUUCUUCACGGGUUCGUAAACUUUCCCUCGGGUCUUCUGGACAGACUUCAUCGAGAAGAUCCUCAAACCUAUACCCGCUUGUCGAUGGAGAAUCGAGACGAUUUCAUCAUCAAGUACUACGAUACGGAUGAUUUCUUUCGCGAUCGGUUAAAUGACGUCGUUACGGAGCUGUUGCAGUACUUGUUUGGCUUCGAGUAACCUUUAUAAAGCGUAACGAAUAGAAAAUAAAGAUCCAACAGUGGUGAAAACGAUUUUCGCCCCAUUUCCAUCCAUUGA